CUCGAAGAGACAAAAGACUCUUCCUUUCCUUCUUACAGUAUGGGUGUCAGACAUGUUAAAAUCCAGUGGCACCAAGGCAUUAUACAAUAAAAUAAUGUGAUUAAUACACAAGUAAAAGAAAUUCCUAUACACAAUCAAAUUCCAGGAUUUGAUCCUUUUUUUUUUUUCUUCACCAUCUUGUCCAAAAAUGGCCUUUGGAAACAAGAAAGUGACGCGGCUGAAACUCUAACGCUGAAGCUUCAGAGUCGGUGAUGUGCCUUUGUCCGUCUUUUAUCUACAGUCUGUGUGUUAGCUGAUUUUCCUCUUUAAGCCAAAAAGUGCUUCAUGCCAAAUUAAACGCUGCGACUGAUGAUUGUUUUCAUUAUGGACGUGCUCCUGAAACACUGACAGAAAUAAAGAUGUAAACGUCUGUUUGUGCGUUCUUUGUUAAAGUCGUCACACUUUUCAAUUCUCUUUGUCUAAAAAGAUUUUCCACACAUUUUAAAAUAUAUUUGAAAACUAACAUUAUUUUAAGGAAAUUUGUGAAGUUUGUUUCUAAAUGUAUUCUCUUAUUAAUAUUUGACACCAUGAAUAUGACAUUUAUUACUAAUCUUUGUUUUAUAUUAUUUUUAUAUGUAAUUUGGGGGUGAUUAUCCGGAAGGGGUAUUUUAAUCUGAAUGUUUGACACUAGGGAAAACUAACCUGAUGUUUUCCUCACUGACGUAUUUUCUCCAGGUUCUGGCUCAGGUGUAAAAAUGCGCCAAACGUGCGGAAAUGAGACUUUUCUGACGUCAGUCGGGUCCCGAUCGAUCGUCCUUAGAUAACCGUUCAAGAAACGUCCCCUCGUGAACGUUGCACCGUUUGCCCUGCACGGGCAGUGAUGACGUCGUUCCCUAGCAACCGGCCAACGCGUCGUAGCGCUGAGAGCGAAGCGGCGGGAAGGGUUUUGGUGUUGUCGUUAUUUUCGGUUUUAACGUCGUUUUUGUGCCAAAGUUCGGAUUUUACCGGAUACGUCUGAGCACGAGACGUUUGUUAAUGUUUCCCGCGCUUCAGCAGCCAACAGAAAAUUCCCGGGAAACGGUGAGAGGUGUUUGGACAGGUGAGAGGCCGGAAGUGGAGCUCUGAAAGCGGACGUCAGCUUUUUAAAAGAUAAAAUCAGGUGACAGCCCUGAGUACAGGAGUUGGUACUGUGUGCUGCGUUCAGGGCAGUCGGGACAGAAUAUCAGUGUUUGAUCCGUGUGUGGUGGACCUGGUGGUGCUUUCAGGGCCUUCCUGAUGGAUGAGACGGUGAGGCCUCUGAGGAUUCCUCCUCAGAUGUUCGUCUAUGCCGACAAACACAACGUUUCCCAGCUGGUGCAGAGCAUGCUGUGCAGUCUGGUGAUCGAUCAGCCUGAUGAUCCGAUCUGCUACCUGAUUGGGCUGCUGCAGAGGAGCAGCGAUGAUGUCCCCAGGGUCAUCGUGCUGGGACCUCCUGCUGUCGGCAAACACACCGUGGCCAAAAAGCUGAGCGCCGACCUGAGAGCUGUUCACGUGACCGAAGACAGUUUACUGCAGUACCGAUCAGAGCUGAGCGUGCACGCCGAGCAGGAGCUUUCGGAGGAGGUGCUGGUUGGACUGGUUCAGCAGAGGCUGAAGGAGAUGGACUGCUUCCACCGGGGCUGGGUGUUGGAGGGAAUCCCUCAGACUCGCCUGCAGGCUCUGAGUCUGCAGCCGGGCGGAGUCAUCCCCGAGCACGUUGUGAUGCUCGAGGCGCCGGAUGACGUGCUGAUGGAGAGAAGUUGCGGACGGCUGGUCGACGCGAUCACUGGGGACGUCUACCAUCGGACUUUCAUCCUGCCAGAUGAUGACAUUAUCACUAAGCGUCUGGAGAAGGGGAGGAGUCUGACAGACCAACAGAGACUUGCUAAGCUGCACCGUUACCGCUGUGAGGUCACGGGUCUGAGAUCAGCCUAUCAGCACGUGCUCAAGGUCAUUGACAGCGACCAACCACACGCCGACGUCUACCUGCAAGUGCUGGCUUUCGUCCGGACUCGUCAGCGCUCCAGAACUCCCAGAAUCCUCCUGCUGGGACCACCGGGGUCUGGAAAAAGCCGUCAAGCCCAGCUGCUGUCAGAGAAGUACAGGAUGGUUGACGUGAGCUGCGGUCGCUUGCUGAGGUCUGUAGCUGCAGCUGGUUCCACUCGAGGAGCAGAGGUCCAGGCAUACCUGGAUGAUGGACGUCCAGUUCCAGACUCGCUGCUGCUGCAGGUCCUGGAGGACCGGCUGAGCCGACCCGACUGCACCCGCGGGGGCUGGAUCCUCCACGGCUUCCCCUGCGACCUGCAGCAGGCCCGGAGCCUGCAGGAAAGCCACCAGCAGCCCAACAGGGUUUUCUUCCUGGAGCUGACCGAUGACGUUUGCCUGGAGAGACUCAGUCUGAGAGCCACAGACCCGGUCAGCGGUCAGAGCUUCCAUCAUGUGACUCGGCCGGCUCCGAGCUCUGAGGUUCAGCACAGACUAAAGACCCGACCCGAGGACAGCAUGGAGUCUGUAACACAGAGACUGAAACAGUACAGGGUCCACAGCGCCGCCCUGCAGUCUGUGUAUCCUGAGGCCAUUCACAUCGAUGCUGAUCAGGACCCUCACUCUGUGUUUGAGGCCGUGGCGAGCAGGCUGACCUCUGAGUGACCUCUGACUCACCUGGACUCACCUGAACAAGCUGUGGUCACAUAAUUGUCUGUAAAAAUAAAGCAUGUACUGCUCCUC